AUGGCCGCGGCGUCUCUGUCUGUCGGCGGAGUGGGUGUGUCCGCAAGCAGCCUAUCAGGCGGCGUCAGUCAGCGCGGAGCGGCAUCCUUCGCUGAUUCAGAGCUUGCGGGAACGGCGCUUGCGCCGGCUGCGUGCCGAUUGCCGUUCGCAGCCACAUCGCCAGCAGCGGUUUCCGCGUCCACCGCCUUCCGCCAGUCGGCGCAGCCCGCCUUGCGUCAGCGUGGGGGGAGGCGCGGCAUGUCGGCGGUAGCGACGCAGGCUGUGCGCGGCGAAGGCGUGGUGGGCCUCACCGUCCCGGGGAACGCCGUCCUGCCCUCGGUGUCCGUCUCCUUCGAUCCCGCCUCGCCGCCGCUCUCCCUCCCCUCCGACCUGCUACUCCUCGCUGUCUUCGACUCCGCCCUCUCUCGCGACGAAACGUCAGCAGCCAAUUUCACUGGCUUCGCUACUGACGCACCAGGCGGUGCUGAGCUGGCGUCUCUCGACGCCACGCUUUCCGGCGCUCUCGCUGAGCUGGCAUCCGACCCGGAUUUCAGAGCGAAGCCCGGGCAGGUUUCGCAAGUCCUCCGCGUUCCCGGGCAGCCGUUCAAAAGAAUCGCGCUGCUGGGGCUGGGAAAGCCGGAUGUGCUUCUAAAGGGGGAGGCCGGCUCGUGGCAGGGAGUAGGUUCCACUAUAGCGAGCGCUGCUAAAACGAAUCAAGCCAGCAAGGUAUCCCUCGCAUUCCUGGGCAAACCAGAGGCGGCGGAGGGGCAGGAGAUUAAAGCGGGGAGCGCGGUUCGGGGGAUAGUGACGGGCGCCAUUGUAGGCAGCUUCGAGGAUGUGCGGUUUAAAUCGGAGGAGAAGGAGAAGGCGAAGGCGGAGAGGGGUGUGAAGGAGUUGCAAGUGGUGGGGCUGGGUGACGCGGAGUCACUGCAGAGGGACGUGUUCGAGGCGGAGAGGCUGGCGGCGGGAAUCAUCCUCACCAAGCAGCUCGUCAACGCACCGCCCAAUGUGCUCACGCCAGCUGUCCUCGCUGACGUGGCGGUGAACCUGACUGCCGCCCACGCGGAUGUGCUGAGCGCGCGCAUUUUGGAAAAGGACGAAUGUGCCGCCCUGGGCAUGGGGUCGUACCUGGCAGUGGCGGAGGCAUCAGCGGCGGACAACCCGCCCAAGUUCAUCCACGUCACUUACACACCACCUGCUGCUGGGGAUGGUGGUGAAGGGAGCGAGGAGAAGCCGCUGAAGAAGCUGGCUCUGAUCGGCAAGGGACUCACCUUCGACAGUGGCGGGUACAACCUGAAGGCGGGCCCGGGUUCAAUGAUUCACCUGAUGAAGUUCGACAUGGGCGGCGCUGCUGCUGUGCUGGGCGCUGCUAAGGCCAUCGCUGCCAUCCAGCCUCAGGGCGUGCAGGUGCAUUUCAUCAUAGCAGCGUGUGAGAACAUGGUUAGUGGCAGUGGCAUGAAGCCGGGAGACAUCAUCACUGCCUCCAACGGCAAAACCAUCGAGGUGAACAACACGGACGCGGAGGGGCGGCUGACACUGGCGGAUGCGCUGCUGUACGCGCAGCAGCAGGGCGUUGAGAAGAUCGUUGAUGUCGCCACCCUCACUGGCGCCUGCAUCAUUGCCCUCGGGAAUGACAUCGCUGGUCUGUUCACCCCGAGCGAUGAGCUGUCAGCGGAGCUGGAAGCUUCCUCCAAGGUGUGUGGCGACAAGGUGUGGCGCAUGCCCAUGGAGGAGGCGUACUGGGAGGGCAUGCGCAGCAAGCAUGCCGACAUGCUCAACACCGGCGGCCGUGAGGGCGGCUCCAUCACUGCCGCGCUCUUCCUCAAGCAGUUUGUGGCGGAGGGGCUGCCAUGGGCGCAUCUGGACAUUGCAGGGCCGGUGUGGAGUGAGAAGAAGGGCGGAGGCACUGGCUUCGGUGCCAGCCUGCUCUACCACUGGGUCGCCUCCCACUCCCCCUAG